AUGAGUUCCGCCGCGACCCUACCCGCUCCCUCCUCUCUGCCGCCGCCUGCGCGCGCCGUCGCCACGCCCACGGCCGCCCCCACUUCCACGCCCACAACUGCGAUCACCGCCUCGAUCCUGCGCAUCUACGCAGUAUUCCAGCGCUCUCCGUCGCUGGGGCCGUCGCCGUCCGUAAACGCCGCCUUCUCCGAGCUUGUAUCGCUAUGCAUCCGGCCCUACGACUCCGCCACCGCCGCCGCGAUCCUCGAGGACCGGCGGGUCCGCGCCAUCGCGAACGCGCUGCGCGCGAAGUGCUCAGAGGGCGAGUUCCUGCUCGAGGCGUGGUGGGCUAAUAGGAUCCUGGCGGAGGAGGGGAGGGGCGAGGAAGCAUGGACCUCACUCCGCGCCUUCCCCUACUACCAGAACUACAUGGACCUAUCUCGUCUCGAGCUGUCCGCGCUCGCCGCGGUACACCCUGCGCCCAUCGGCUCGCUCGCAUUCAUCGGCUCCGGCCCGCUCCCGCUAACCUCGAUAUGCCUGUCCACCCUCCUCUCACCCCCGCCGCGUCGAAUCCACAACAUCGACAUGUCCCCACAGGCAAUCAGCGUAUCGCGCUCGCUGUGCGCGCGGCUCGGCGGGGCCGCCGCACGGCUGUCCUUCGAGUGCGCGGACGCCAAGGAGGUCGCGCUCGAGGAGUUUGAUGUCGUUGUGCUCGCGGGGCUGGUGGGUGGCAGUGCAAACGAGAAGCGAGAGAUUCUUAGGAGCGUGGUGCGCAGGUGUGGGAAUGGUGCGCUGCUGAUGUUGAGGAGCGCACAUGGUGUGAGGAGGCUGCUGUAUCAGGAGGUUGAGCUCGCCGAAUUGCAAGCGCUUGGCUUGGAUGUGCUACUGGUUGUGCAUCCAUGGAAUGAGGUGGUUAAUUCUGUUGUCGUUUGUAGGGUGAGGGAGAGGGGGAGGUUGUAGAUGCGUGGGAGCGGGAGGGGUAGAGGGUGGCUAGAUGGUAGAGGGGGAUUGCGAGGUGCGUGGAGUUAGGC